ACAGAGGACAACAUUACCAUCAUUCCCAUUCGCAAGCGAUGGGAUACACUUCAUAUCUGUGUUUUUCGCAAUCAAGUUGAGUCCUGGAAUUGCAGGUUAUGCCUAAUUGGAUUUAUGCGAAGUGAGUUUACUAAGAAAUCACUGAACACAAGCUCCAAUGACUAAUGGCAUAGACACCGAGAAGUUCUACACUGAAGUCCAGGAAAUCAUACUAGCAAGAUAUAACAAGUCUUUUGAUUGGUCUCUUAAGGCAACAAUGAUGGGAAAGAAAGCAAUAGAAUCUGCUCGGAUCUUUGUUGAAGAGACUGGGAUCAGUGAUUCACUUUCAGCUGAGGAUUUUCUUGUACAAAGAGAGGAGAUGCUGCAGAAAUUGUUUCCAUCAAGCGAGCUCAUGCCAGGGAUUCAAGAUUUCACAUGACUAUCCACCAAACCAAAUGAUGAAAGAUGAUUAAUUUUGUAGGAUUCUUAGAUUCAGCCCUUUUUAUUAGUGGAAACUAGAAAGGUAUACUUCUUUGUGAGGACAUUUUGACAUAUAAAUUGAAUAGGGGAAG